GAUCAUAAUUUUCCUUAUUUGGUUGUUUUUAUUUUAGAGCGCGCCGGCUAAUUAACCCCCACGAUUCGCCAUGAACAAAAGGAAUAAUAAUAAAAAGAAUUUCAAUGGGAAGCGACGACGUUUUCCCAAUCCUCUGCAGCGUGAAAAGUUAAAUCAACUAGUGCUGAGAUUGCUGCAAUUGGCCCAGGAUGAGCCAAGCAAUCCGAAUGAGGAAUGGCAGCAAUAUGAAGCAAUACAAACGCAAUUACAACUGAUUCUGAAGCAAGAGGAACCCAUCCAGCGUGUGGUAUGCCCACCCCAGGUGGACGAUCAGACGCGCUUGGCCAAAAUAGCCGCAUUCAGUGAAUGGGCCAAAGCUGGUGGCAUCCACAGUGACGGUGUGGAAAUUGCCAUCUUUCCUGGCUAUCAAAUGGGCCUUAGGGCCACCAAAGAUAUCAAUGCCGAUCAACAGGUUCUUCGUGUGCCACGGAAGAAAAUCUUCUCCGAGGAGCAAUUAAGCAAAACGGAACGUGAAUCAUUUUGCAAUUUCACAACCAAUUUCAAUCUGGCCAAUGCUCUGGUCGUUGAGAAAUCCCGCGGAGCGGAUAGCAUCUGGAAACCGUAUAUCGAUGUUCUACCCUCACGUUACAACACCGUCCUAUACUUUACCGUGGAGCAAAUGAGACGAUUGCGCGGCACAUCUGUCUGCUCGUCUGCAUUGCGGCAGUGUCGGAUGAUUGCCCGGAAAUAUGCCAAGUUGUAUGCCUUUGCGUAUUGUGAUAGUUCUUACCUCCGGCCAGAUACCGGCCUCUUUACACAGCAUGGCCUCUGCUAUGAACUCUAUCGCUGGGCUGUUUCCACAGUGAUGACACGACAGAAUCUGGUGCCACGUGAAAUCGCGACCAAAGAUGAUGGUAAUUCACCCAUAUCGGCUUUGAUACCCUGCUGGGAUAUGGCCAAUCAUAGGCCGGGCAAAAUCACAUCAUUCUAUGAUAGUAAUGCCCAUCAAAUGGAAUGCACUGCCCAAGAGUUUUGCAAAGCUGGAAAUCAGUUCUUCAUCUAUUAUGGUGAUCGGCCCAAUGCCGAUCUAUUGGUGCAUAAUGGGUUUGUCGAUCCCAACAAUAACAAGGAUUUUGUAAAUAUUCGUUUGGGCCUCAGUCCCACAGAUGGUUUGGCUGAGAAACGUUCAAGGCUCUUGGAUCGCUUAAAUAUUGAGCAUAAGGGCGAGUUUCGUGUAUUACCCGCACCGGAAUAUAUAUCUGGACAAUUGUUGGCUUUUGUGCGUGUCUUUAAUAUGUCCAGCGAUCAACUGGAUCACUGGUGUAGCGAUUUAGAGCGAGCUGUUGAUCUAUUGCAUAUUGAUUGUGCUCUGGAAACGGACUUAGAGACACGCACUUGGCAAUAUUUCCAUCAGCGUUUCAAACUUUUAUUGGGCGUAUUGGAGGCAACUUUACGUGAGGCAGAUGAGUUGAAGCAAAUGGCCGAACUGCAAUUGGCUGAGGCACAAGCGGACAAACAACAACAACAGGAUCAAGGUAUUGAUCUUAUGCUAUUGCAAUAUCGUCGCCUGGAGCGUCGUAUUCUAUCCGAUGCCCUUGAAUAUGCCAAGGAACGUUGCAAGGUCUAAAAGAUCUGGAUUAAGUAAGAUGUAUGCGCCAGAUCGCAAAAAUCUGUAUAUAUACAUACAUCACAUACAAAUUCAAGUGGCCAUUUAACGCACACUUUUUAGGAUUACAAGAGAAAAGUCUAUGUCGGAUUAUAAUUACAAUUUUUUUUUCCUUAAGUUUGUUUAUUUUUUUUCUCCCUUUUUUGAAAUACUAAAACCAAAAUGCAAACCAAAAUCAAAAUAAAUUUUAUUUAAGAAUAGAAUUUAUAUAUGUUUGACUAAGCCAAAUUAAUUGCGAAAUGAAGUAACUCUAACUAAACUCAAACUAGUUAACUAUUUAGAUUUCAAGUUAAUUGUUCUAAUCCUGUGUGACCUUGAAAAAAUAAAAAUCGAUUUUUAAAAUGUAUAUCCAAUAUAAAAUAUGGAUUGAAA